AUGCCCAGCGCCACGGGCUCAAGCUGGGAGAAGUACCAGAAGAACUUCGCCGACGACGAGGUCGAGGAGAAGAAGAUCACACCCCUGACCGAUGAGGAUAUUCAGGUGUUGAAGACGUAUGGCGCGGCUCCCUAUGGCGCGGAGCUCAGGAAGCUUGAGAAGGAGAUCAAAGACAAGCAGCAGACAAUAAACGAGAAGAUUGGCGUCAAGGAAUCAGACACCGGACUAGCACCACCACAUCUCUGGGAUAUCGCCGCCGACCGGCAACGAAUGCAAGAAGAGCAGCCCCUGCAGGUCGCCCGUUGCACCAAGAUAAUACAAGACGACAAAGACGCGGAGAAGAGCAAAUAUGUCAUCAACGUCAAGCAGAUCGCCAAGUUUGUCGUCAAUCUCGGAGAGCGCGUCUCACCCACAGAUAUCGAGGAGGGCAUGCGAGUCGGUGUUGACCGCAACAAGUACCAGAUUCUGCUUCCUCUACCACCCAAGAUCGACCCCUCGGUCACGAUGAUGACGGUCGAAGACAAGCCCGAUGUCACGUAUGGAGACGUGGGAGGCUGCAAGGAGCAGAUUGAGAAGCUGCGGGAAGUCGUCGAGAUGCCUCUACUGUCGCCGGAACGCUUCGUCAACCUUGGUAUUGACCCGCCGAAGGGUGCUCUGCUCUACGGUCCUCCCGGUACCGGAAAGACGCUCUGUGCGCGAGCCGUUGCCAACCGCACAGACGCCACCUUCAUUCGUGUUAUCGGUUCAGAGCUGGUCCAGAAGUACGUUGGUGAGGGAGCCCGUAUGGUUCGAGAGCUAUUUGAGAUGGCACGGACAAAGAAGGCGUGCAUCAUCUUCUUUGACGAAAUUGAUGCCGUAGGUGGAGCACGUUUCGACGACGGCGCGGGAGGCGACAACGAAGUGCAGCGUACUAUGCUGGAGCUCAUCACACAACUCGAUGGGUUCGAUGCUCGCGGAAACAUCAAGGUCAUGUUCGCCACAAACAGGCCCUCCACACUCGACCCCGCGCUCAUGCGUCCCGGACGUAUCGACCGAAAGAUUGAGUUCUCCCUACCCGACAUGGAGGGCCGCGCCAACAUCCUCCGCAUCCACGCGAAGAGCAUGAGCGUCGAGCGCGACAUCCGUUGGGAGCUCAUCUCACGUCUGUGCCCGAACAGCACAGGUGCCGAGUUGAGGAGUGUAGCGACCGAGGCCGGUAUGUUCGCCGUGAGACAGCGCCGCAAAGUCGCGACGGAAAAGGACUUUCUCGCCGCUGUGGACAAGGUGAUUAAAGCCAACAUGAAGUUCAACAGCACUGCAGUGUACGCUCAGUACAAUUAA